UCCCUCUAAAUUUGUUUCUAUUUUGGCAUCCCAAGCCUUUCUAUUAAACCCUGAACUAUGUAGGGUAAUAUAUUCUUUAGGUCAUGUGUUGUGUUGUCCGCUUAAUGAAUAACUUACUCUUUUUUUGUGUGUCAAUUGCUGCUAAAAAAUGGCAUAAUUGACGAUCAUUCUGUAGGCCAAAUAUUCCUACAUCUCUGUCAAAACAGUAGCUUUAUGCUUCAAGCUUACCUUUUUUUUUUUGUUUUUGUUUUUAACUCCCUGCAGAACUGAAAACAUCCCACAAUCUUAUUUUUGGCUGUGGUACUUAUGUGAGUUGUUAUAUGGUCUAGAGCCUUUUUCAACUAAUAAAAUAUUGUGAUGUAACUGUUUUUUAAUUAAAAAUAUUUACAAGUGGGGCUUCCUAAUUUCUGGUUCAUGAAUUUGACCUUGGAAAAGUCAUUCUUGGUGAACCCCAAAAUCAACAAACCAUUUAGUAUUUCUGUUGAGCUUUCAUUUUCUCUUAAGUUGAUUAGUAUCUUGAUUUUUAUUGUUGGGGUGGUUAGCUUUUUUUUUUUUUUUUUUUGGUUUUGUUUUGACUUCACUUUAAGCAACCCCAUUUUUCUUUAUCUAUUAAGUUUAUCUUCUUUGUAACUGUAAUGGGCUUUGUUUCUUCAUUUGGGUUGUUCAAGAAUUGCUUAAAGGUGAAGAAUUUGAGUUGAUCUUGAAAAUGGAUGUGACAAAAAGAUUGUAUUUUUUGAGGUUAAAGAGGAAAGACUAUGGUUUUUUGUUUAGAAUUAUCUUCAGUUUAUGGUUUAUCUUUGGAGGGUUUUGUCCAGUAAUGGGACUUAGGCCUCUAAGAGAAAGAUAUCAUUCUUGGGGAGAUGAGUCUGACGGAAACAACAUCUCUACCUCCCGAGGUUGGGGUAAGGUCUGCGUACACUCUAUCCUCCCCAGACCCCACUUUGUGGGAUUUCACUGGUGGCUUCUUGUAAGAAAGGAUGAGAAUGAAUUGGGACCAUUUUCUGCUUGGAAUAUAACAGGAACUUACAGAGGGUCUUGGAGGUUCCUGGAUUCAACAAAUAACUCUUCCAGGUUUCCUGAUUUUAGGAAGUCCAAUGGCAACUCGGUCCUUGAGUUGAUAAGUAAUCCAACAAAAAUAACUGGUGUACAUUAUGUUCAGGGUGCAAUACUUUUCCAUGACGUUUUUGACAACGAACAUGGAGUUGGUGGUGCACAAAUCAGAGUAGAAGGUGUGUAUAUAUGGCCAUUCAGACAACUUCGAAUGGUAGCUUACAGUGGCAAAGAUGGUGAGUUUGGCCAGAAAGACGAUUAUCUGUUAUCAAAUCCGUAUCACUUGCUUGGAGUUUUCUCGUCCCAGAUCUUCCAGGAGUCUUCUCAAGAUAAGAUUUGGAAGAAGAAACACUCACCGUUUUACGAGAUGGAGAAACAUUGCAAUAUUGAAAUUGCUGCACAAAUUGCUCGUGUCUCAUCCUCCUCAAAUGAUGGAGCUCGUGACCAUUAUCACCUAGAAGGAUUGAUGGAGAGCCCUUCAGUGGAUGCUGACGGAGACUGUUUCUCACCAAUUCUAUUGAAUGCUACUUCUGUCAAUAUAGAGGUUUACUACAACAAAGCGGUGAACUACACAUUGAUGGUCACAUUUAUAUCUUUUCUGCAAGUGCUCCUUCUGAUUCGACAAAUGGAACAUAGCAACACCCAAUCAGGAGCUGCCAAAGUUUCAAUUCUGAUGAUUGGACAACAGGCUAUCAUGGAUGCUUAUCUUUGUCUUUUGCAUCUGACCGCAGGGAUACUUGUUGAAUCCCUUUUCAAUGCUUUUGCAACUGCUGCAUUCUUCAAGUUUGUUGUCUUCUCGAUAUUUGAGAUGAGAUAUCUACUUGCUAUAUGGAAAGCAAAUAGGCCACUGAACAGCGGCGAGGCUUGGGAAGGAAUGAGGCGAGAACUGUCAAUACUUUACAGCCGUUUCUAUGGGAUCCUUUUAAGCGGUAUAUGUUUCAUGUAUGAGUUUCACAAGUUUCUGCGCCCUGUUCUUCUGCUUUUACACUCAUUCUGGAUACCUCAAAUUGUAACUAAUUUCAUUCGCGAUUCAAGAAAACCGUUGCACCCUCAUUACAUCUUGGGAAUGUCUAUAACUCGUUUGGCAAUUCCAUUAUAUGUCUUUGGCUGUCCUCACAAUUUCAUGCGUAUAGAGCCUGACAAGAAUUGGUGUAUCUGCUUGGAAAUUUUUAUUGCGCUGCAGGCAUCAAUUCUUCUGUUACAGCACUAUCUUGGAUCUCGGUGUUUCAUUCCACGUCAGAUUUUACCUGAGAAGUAUAACUAUUAUAGAAGAUUUGAUCAGGGUGCAAAUCAUGCAACUGACUGUGUUAUUUGCAUGACUGCUAUCGAUCAUACCCAGCGUUCAAAUAAUUGCAUGGUGACCCCUUGUGAUCAUUUCUUUCACCCGGUUUGUUUGCAAAGAUGGAUGGACAUAAAGAUGGAGUGUCCAACAUGCCGACGCCCUCUUCCACCAGCUUGAAUAAACGUUAUUUCUUGAAUUCAUAUUGAUAUAGAGCAACUGACAUUGCCCGACCUGUUUAGAAAGGUUGGACUGCUUUUGUACUUUCAGGUUGGAGACAGAGAGAAUACAUGAGAAGUUUUCUGUAUUAAAAAAGUUAACACAGAUUCACCAGACUGCUGUGCAGAUGUCCUGUAAUGUACAUUACUAAUGUAAUAUAAACUGUCUAUUCUUGUAUUGCAACAAAAACCGAUUUCUUUGAGAAAUGCAUUUACUUGAGUCGAGAGCAAACUUUGUGGGAAAAUGUAGUUAUUUGCAAGUUGGGAAUUCCUAAGAUCAGGUACAUGGCAGAUAUGUUUGGUUUUCAAAAAACAAGUGAUGUGUUAUACCAUCUGUAGAAUUCUUGUAUUUGAAUAUAAUAACCGUUGUACAUAA